GACAACCAAUGGAGCGCCAUCUUCGAUCAUAUGAACGCCAGCUAUCUCCGUCUUGUCUGAUUCUGCCUUUCUGUUCUGCUUAAUCUUUUAUUCUAAAUCGUGGUAGAGAGUUUUGGUCAUGGUCUUGCUUAACCAUUAAGGAAUGAAUGUUCUUCUUCAGAUAACAGUGAAAUUCAGGAUCCACGAUUUGCUGGUUUUAUGCAUCAUUUCUCUGAAUGUGAUUUGGUCAGUGUAUUGUCUCCCAGAUUCGCAAGACAUCAUGAGCACCAGACAAGACCGGGUAGAAAGAGGUAACGAAGAAGGGCCAGCAAGAAAGAAGAGUCGUAUGGAACAAUCAUCGUCAUCUUACCAGUUUCCAACAACUCUAGAGGACUUCCAGUACCAGUUCAAUGAUAAGGGCCAGCUACGACACUCUGUCACAGGAAAGCCAUAUGAGUUUGAAUUCAAGAAAGGUGAUCCCACAUACAACCAGAGGAGGUAUGAGGCCCUCGGUAAAAUCAUCACACAACACAUCUAUAAACUCCUGGAGACAGAGACUAAGCUAGAAAGAAUAUACAUCCCAACAGACCAUCAAGAUAAUGAGCCUAGAAGCUUUGUGUUUGUCAGUAAGAAUGCGUUAACCACCAGAGGCAAAUUGCUGGUUCUAAUCAAUGGUUCCGGUGCUGUCAGAGCAGGCCAAUGGGCUAGAAAGCUGAUCAUCAAUGAUUGCCUUGAUAGCGGCACUCAGCUCCCCUAUAUCAAGAAAGCAUUGGAGGAGGGGUAUGAGGUCCUAGUCAUGAAUACCAAUGAAAACAGAGGCCCAGAUUCAAGUGGGAGAAGUGUGCCAAUUAGGAAAAGUUCUAGUCCAUAUGAGCAUGGCGUCUAUGUGUGGGAUAAGUUUAUUGCCAGUCGACCUGUGAGACACGUUGCUAUAGUUGCUCACAGCAUGGGCGGCAGUGUCACAGAACAUAUAGCCAGUAAAAGAGAGCAAUCCUUCUUGAAGAAAGUAUUUGCUGUUGCUUUCACCGACUCCGUCCACUCCAUGGCAACACUGGGAAUUUCACAUAACAUCAAGAAAUUUUUUGCAAAGCACACUGUUAACUGGGUUUCCUCUGUGCAGCCACUGGACACACCCAGACCAUCCAAGAGACCUCUGGAUAGCAAACAGGUCUCUGCUGGCACCCAGGUCCAUGCUGAAACAUCCUGGACCAGUUUCAAGUCAGUCUUCAAGUUCCUCAAGAGAAAAGAGACCGAACUGAUGACCAAGGAGCGGGGUCAGACUGGACAUAACCCAGGCGUGAGCAUCGCACACGACGAGGACCUGGACGAUGACGAUGAUGACAGUACUCUAGAACUGAGAAAGGAAUCCUCGGAUGACGAAAGUCAGGAUAAAGAGAUUGGUCAGGGGGAUCAACCCAAGGGAAGGUCGGGUGCUGGUAUUGAUAUUUCAUCAUCGGACGAAGACACGGAAGCUAGUUUUGAUUUCCAGCGGUACAGCGAGGAAUUAUGAUGAUAGUUUGGCAGCUUCAUCUACUGGUAUAACAACUCUUUAUCCAGUCAGUGAGCUGUGCGUUGUGGCAUGUGCCUGUCCGACCGAUGUGGGCAGAAGUUUUGGAUUGAUGCAGAGGUUUCGGGUUUGAGCCUAGGUCAUGAUGGUGACGUUAGAGGUCGGUCAGAUAAAACAGACUUAGGACUUGACUGUCCGGAUUGUGGACAGUCAAACUUCGAUUCUCCACUGCUCAUGUACUCAUCGCUGAUCAUCUUCUUAUCACUACUAAGACUUUAGGCUGACUCAACUCAUCUUCUACUCACCAUUACCACCAGGACUUCUCUUCUCAUCUCAGCUCAUCUACACUUCUACUUCAUGUCAUUGAUCUUGUCUGGUUUACAGUCCUUUUAAGGACUAUACCUCAUGUAUAUAUCAUGAAAGAUAUCUCUCACUCUCAUCUUUCUCUUUCUUGCCUUUCAAUUUUCAUAUCUCUCACGCUGACAUCUAAAAAACAGUCCAUUUCAUGAUGAAUCGGGCGCAUAGCAAGGGAACCAAUCACCUCCCAUCCCACACUACGUCCCCAAAGAGGAAGAAAAAAGGGGGAGGAGGAGAAAAAGAUAAAGCAAAGGGAAGAAGGAGGGUAGCUUUGAGGGUUUCCUUUUUAUUCAAGGAAUGUAAACCUAAAUGAGACUAUUCUCUCAGUUAUUUCAUACUUCAAUAAUUUUAAGUAUGAAUUUCAGUAAUUUCAUACUUAUACUCAGUAUUUUCAUACUUUCAAAUUUUAGUAAUUUCAUAUUUUCAAAUUUCAGUAUUUUCAUAUUUUUUGUUGCCGUUUUGUAGCCCUUUUGAAAAAAAGGCAAUUUUUGUUCAUCUAGUUUUCUCUACAGGUACAAAAAUGAUGACAAAACAUCAAAGAUGUUAAAUUUUGAACAGCUUUGCCCACCCUGUUUUCCCUGCCUGGGCUUUAGGACUGCCAGCAAGUAUUAAAAAAAUCUGCAAUAAGCCAUGGAAUUAGAGCGGAAAUAGAUUGGAAUAUAAAAAUAUGAUCUUUUUACUUUAAAAUUGAUAGCACAAAUUCCCCCAUUUCAGAUCGGAGUGGGUAAAACUCUAUCAUAUCUGCCGCCAGUCCCAAUAUUAAAGCUAAUUUUACAUGUUACAGUACUUUUCAGCUCAUUACUAGACAAGCAAGCAGGUUACUCUUAAAAAAGAGGCAGAGGAGUUUUUCUUCUGUACAGGCUGAAUGGUGUUUCUGAAAUAAAUAGUUGAUCAUCUUAAUUUGAUACAUUUUCAUUAUCCAUAAAGCCAGGUAUGGAAAUUCUAAGAAUCUAAUUCAAUAAGCCAGUUCGUAGUUCCUUUCUACGCAUGAUCAAAAGAUUCUACGCAUGAUCAGAGGAAGGUCAUUUGAUCUAAAGUGACAUGGUGGUUUAAAAUCUAAUGAGAUAACCACCAACUUUGAUGUCUUUAUUAUUCAUAUAUUCUUUUGAAUUGUGGUUUUCAUUUACAUCCACAAAAAACAACAAUGCGUCCACGAACGACUGGUAUUGCACAGUUUGCAAAGUACAUUGUGCAACAUGCUAUGAUAUGCAUCCAAAGUAGGAAUGCAACAAAUACCUUCAUAAAGUGUUCAUUGGUGUGCUAUUCUAGUCACCUGGUCUAUUCAAUUUCUUCAUCCUGCUAUGUAAGGCAAGCUUACGUUAUAUCUUGCUUUGAAAUCUGCCUAUCUUAAUGAAAGAAAUGAAAGGUCAUUUGACCAAAAUUGUCCAUGAAGUAACUACGAACUGGUCUAUAUAUCAGUUACAAAUUGGUUACCGAGAAAGUAAAAGUACAGACCUUUUCUAGUGAAUUAACUUUGAUGGAAAUAGAUUUGUGAAGCAAUCAACAUGUGCAAUCUUGUAUUUUAACUGUUUGAUUCAAGUAGAGCAUUUGAAUCAUUGUUGUGUUUGUAACUCAUAGUUUUAACUAUUAUAUAAUAUUUGAUAUACAUUUCCCAUUUUAUAUAAUUUUAAAGGUAGAUUGUGACCUUGUACUAUCGAAAUUGUUAUCGCAAGUCUACUUAAGAGAGUUACCCUCCCCAUACCCCGUUGUGACUCCUUCAUUUAAAAUGUCACACAGUCUUUUUUUUUUCUAACUACUAUAUCUGAAUUUAAAUUGUUUUAUGCAUUUUUUCUGUAUGUUAUAUAUUUUUUAUGUCAACAGGACUAUGUUGAUAAACAUUGUAUAUGUUUAUCCUGUAUAAAGAUAUUUUAAUAAAUCAUAGAUAAAUAAAUAAAUGAAUCAAUCAAGAAAUAUGGUCCUUUUCCCCUCUGAUUUAUGUGAGAAAAUUCUUAAUGACAAAGAAAAGUCAGAUUCACACUGGUCAGUUUCCCCAGGAUGCCUGUCGUGUUUGUAUUCGAGUAUAUGUAGCAUUAUACCAUUCCAAAUUACCAUUUAAAUCCUUCUUUCAUUUUCAAUAGAAAUGUGUUUUCAGAUUUACAUAAAUUUGUACAGAAUGUUUUGAAUGAGUGAAUAAAUACAUUUUUAAUGAAA